AUGGACCCGCAAGAACCUUAUCAUAAGUUCCAAUGCAAGCACAAAUUAGUAGUGCCAGAUAUGUUCAAGUAUAUACUUGAUGGAUUUGGCAAGUUGAGCAUGGGCAAUGAAAUGGGUAAUAACAACACGACAUCUGCUCUCAAUGAGGAAGCUAAUUCAAGCGAAGCUGAGAAAAAAACUUUUAAUGAGGAAGUGAGAGCAGAGAGCAAGGAAGGAGAAAGUCAGAAAAUCUCUGCUGCUAAAGGCAGUGAUGAUGAAACAAAAGCUGAUGGAUUGGCUUCAAAUGAUAGGAAUGAACCUGGAAAUGAGACAUUGAAAGGCGAUAUUCUUGGAGAUGGUAAGAAGGGAGAGAAUCAGACAGCCCCAACAUCGGAAGCCAGAUGUCAAAUAGAAGAAACUGCAAUGGCUUCUGAUGAUGCAAUAGUUGAACCUGGAAAAGAUACACUUGAAGAAGACAGUCAUGCAGAUGAUGUAAAAGGGCCAAAUCAAAUGAUCCCAACGGCUGAUAAUGAAAAUGUUGAAGAGAAAGCUAGAGGAUUGACUACUGUUGAAUCGGCGAUCAUGCUUGAGAAUGAUUCACCAAAAAGUGAUACUCAUGGAGAUGUUGUAAUCGUAGAAAGUCAAAUGCCUCCUGCAGUUGAAGUUGAAGAUGUUCUGAAUGAUGAUAGGUCACUGGUUUCUAAUGAUGUGCCAAAUGAGCUUGAAAAUGCCAUAGAGGAAGGAAAUGCCUGUGAAGACGAUAAAAAUGGAGAUCAUCAAAAUCAUCCAUCCACCGAAGAAACUCAUUAUAAUGAUGAACCACGUGAAAAUGCAAUGGAUCCUAUUUCCAGAGACUCGGAUGGUUCAGGAAAAGCUACCAACUUGUCUUCUGAUGAUCAAGCUAAUGUCAAAGAUUCCUUUUCCGAUUCAGGGAAUCAAAUAACUGAAAUCAUUCAACUUGAAAUGUAUCCAAAUGCUGGAAUGGCAGAUAAAGGAGCUGAGAACUGUAAAACCCUGUCAGAGUUUUCGUUGAAAAGUACUGAAGAAUAUGACGGGCAAAUAGAUCUAUGUAAGGAUCAGCCUGUUGCAUAUGAUCACCACCUUGAUGAAGAGUCUUCAAUAAAACAAGAGGAAGAGAACACUGUCGUUUCAACAUCAAAUGAUGUAGAACUUCAAGAAUCAUCACAGAUACAUUCUUUGCAUGUUGAGUUUGGUGAAGUUCUUGAAGAACCAUCACUUCAAGGCAGUGAAUCACUGAAAAGAAGUGAUCUUUCUGAUACUGAUACCCUCCCUUUAAUGGAUGAUGAUAUCAGUUCAGAUAAAGAAAAGGACAGCCAAGAAAACGUGUUAUGUGGAGUCAGCUCUGAAGGCGGAGAAAGAGAUGAAUCAGGAAGUAGAGAGAGACGUGCUUCGGAGAUAACAGAUAAUUUUUCUAGCAUCAAUGAAAAGAGCGAUUGCAGUCUAUUGGCCGAGGCCAAUUGUAUUACCGAUCAUUCUGUGGAUUCACCACCAGAAUCCAAUGAUAUGUAUAAGGGACCACUGUUUGACAGUGAGAAAAUGUGUAAGGAGCUUCAAGAAGACAGAAAAUCGAACCUAAGAGGAUCAGAAAUGGAGAAUUCACAAGAUUUUCAGGCUGACAUCAUCAAUAGAAGGUCUAAUGGAGAAGAGAAUGUAGUUCUUGCUGGGGUUGUUCAUGGGAUAGGCGAAACAGAUCAAGUUGAGGAAAAAUUUACUGAGAAUGGACACCGAUUUGAUGCGUGCAUUAAUAACAACACAAAUUCAAAUGAAAUCAGCACUACUCUAGUUCAACAAGGUUUUAUGGUUCCUGAAGCUGAAGGAGAUGGACUUAUCCCAGGCCCAGCAGUUGUAAAUUGCAGACCUGAACAGGAAAAGAAUUAUGAGGAGAAAGUUCUUGACGAAAUAGAGAAAAGGCCAGAGGCUAAGCCGUUAAAAGACUCAGAUGGGAACGACAUGUCAGAACAAUUUGACUCUCAUCUUUUAACUUCAGGUCAAAAAGAAUCUCAGACCCUGCAGAAUUCUUGUUCUAUGUUACCUAUACCUAGACAUCAAGACGACAAUGUCAGCCAAACCAAGAUCUUUACUUUUGCCAACCUGCAAGCUUCAGAUCACCAAGAGGGCAACACUGAUCUUCAAAUUUGA